AUGGGAAUAUGUUCAGCUAAACAAUAAACUAAUCUAAAAAAUAAAGAACAUAAUGAAUAAUUAACAAAAUGCUCUCCUCAUAAUGAAUAAAGUUAAGAAAUUCAAAGACUCGUAAAUUCUGAAAGAACAAUUAAAACUAUUAAACCUAUUGCUAAUUCACCAAAUCAAAUAAAGUCUAAGUUUGCUGCUACUCCAUCUACUCGUAUACCUAAACAUAUAAUUUGGGCAGAUCAAAUUGUAGAAAAUGUAGGACAUCUUGGAACUCUCCAAACUUGGAUAUCUUUAAAAAAUGUCCAAUUCUCAAAAUACUAUACUAUGCUUAAUAAAGAUCAAUUUCAUUGCAGAAUUAAAUUAAAUGAUUAAAUUGUUAUAGUCUAACAUAAUCUUAGUGGAAGAAUUCUGUUAGCUGAAAUGAUAAAAAAAUCCCAACAAGGAAAUUAAUUCAUUGAGUCCAUUGUAUUAAAUUAAUUAGUAUUAAAAUUUAUUUAUAUCUUUAGAACCAUCCUAAUUUAAUUAGAAUUUUCGAAAUAUUUUAGGAUAGUAAUAAUUAUCAAAUAAUUCAUGAUUUCUGCAACGGAACUAUCCUAUCCUAAAAUCUACAUAUUUCUGUAUAUACUCAAAAAUAAGCUGCUCUUCUCUUAAAAUAAAUAAUUGAAAUUGUUAAACAUCUUCACCAAUAAAAUGUAAAUCAUGGAGGAUUAACACUUUCUUCUUUUUAAAUGCUUAAUCAAUCAAAUUCUAAUUUUAUUAAAUUAGUCGAUUUUAAACCUAUUUACUUAAAAUCUUAUAUUUCAGAAAAAGAAAUUUAUUAAUAUAUGUCACCUGAAGCUAUUAAAUUUCCUGAAUUUUAUACAUUUGAAAGAGAUGUUUGGAGUAUUGGAAUUAUACUCUUUUAAAUGUUAACUGGUGAGGUUCCAUUUAAAGGAAAAAAUAAAGAUGAAAUAUUAGACAAUAUUAAGAAUUAUUCUCUUUAAGAAGAUUUUAAUAAUAAAUCUUUACCAUUUGAAUCUGUUGAUUUAUUAAAAAAAUUCUUAAAAGUUGAUCCUACCAAAAGAAUAAAAUUAAAUUAAGCUUUAAAUGAAGAUUGGUUUAAAAAAUAUACUGAGACUGAAUAUGAAGAAGAGAAAUUAAUUGUAUAACAAUUAGAUAAUAAUCAUACUUUAAAUUUUCUUUAAUGUUGUUUUUUAUAGUUUAUGAUUUCUACUUAUUCAGCAGAUUAAGAAUAAUUUUUUUAUUAACUUUUUGGGUAAUUUGAUGUUAAUCAUGAUGGCAAGAUUAGUAAAUAAGAUCUCACAAUUGCUUACAUGAAACAUUUUUCUAAUAUUAAAGAUGUGAAAGAGCAUGUAGAUGCUCUAUUUAAGGGUAUUGAUAUUAAUAAAAAUGGUGAAAUUGAUUUCUAAGAAUUCCUCAUUGGAGCCAUUAACAAACAAACUUUAAUAACUGAAUUAAAUUUAAAAGGGGCAUAUAAGCUUCUUUCAGAUGUAGAUGGAUUUAUUACAUUAACAAAAAUGUGUUCCUUAUAUCACAAUAAGAGAUCAUCGUUGAAAUAGUAAUUUUCUUUCUAUGAAAAUAAUUAGGUAAUAAUUAUUAACUCUAAUAUUUAGAUUAAUUUUAAGGAAUUCCAAGAGUUAAUGUUUCGUGCUCUUUGA